CCCAACUCUCGCGUUGGUACCGCCCGCUGCGUCACGUGGCCGGCAAGAUGGCGGCGCCCAGGCCGCGUUGCCGCAGACGCGGCGGGUGAAGUCGGCGGGCGGCGGUGGCGGCAGCCGGCUGGGCGAGAUCGGCCGUCGGGGAGGACGGUCCCGGAACCCGAGACUAGAGGGAGGGGGGCCGGGCAGGCAGCCAGCGACACCAUGGUGACUGAGCAGGAACUGGAGGCCAUCGGGCGGACGCUGCUGGACCCUGUGCAGCCCCUGCAGGCGAGAUUCCGGGCGCUGUUCACCCUGCGGGGCCUGGGGGGCCCGGCCGCCGUCGCCUGGAUCAGCCGUGGCUUCGGGGACGACUCAGCGCUGCUCAAGCACGAGCUGGCCUACUGCCUGGGCCAGAUGCAGGACGCGCGCGCCAUCCCCACGCUGGUGGCCGUGCUGCGUGACCCCUGCCAGGAGCCCAUGGUGCGCCACGAGGCCGGGGAGGCACUGGGGGCCAUCGGGAGCCCUGAAGUCUUGGACCUUCUGAAGCAGUACUCCAGUGACCCUGUGGUUGAGGUGGCAGAGACAUGUCAGUUGGCCGUGCGGAGGCUUGAGUGGCUGCAGGAGCAGGGGCAGGGCAGGCAGCCAGCCCUGGAGGGCCCCUACCUGUCAGUGGACCCGGCACCCCCGGCUGAGGAGCGGGACGUGGGGCGUCUGCGGGAGGCGCUGCUGGACGAGGCACGGCCGCUGUUCGAGCGCUACCGGGCCAUGUUUGCCCUGCGGGACACCGGGGGCGAGGAAGCCGCCCUGGCGCUGGCUGAGGGUCUCAGCUGCGGCAGCGCCCUGUUCCGCCACGAGGUGGGCUACGUGCUGGGGCAGAUGCAGCACGAGGCUGCGGUACCCCAGUUGGCUGCGGUGCUGGCCCGGCCGGCUGAGAGCGCCAUGGUGCGGCACGAGUGCGCAGAGGCCCUGGGCUCCAUCGCCCGGCCCGCCUGCCUGGAGGCGCUGCGGGCACACGCCCGAGACCCCGAGCGUGUGGUGCGUGAGAGCUGCCAGGUGGCCCUGGACCUGUACGAGCACGAGAACGCCGGUGCCUUCCAGUACGCGGACGGGCUGGAGCGGCUGCAGGCGCCCCCGGGGGGACCAUGAACCCUGCUCUGGGACCCGCCUUCUGCCUCCUCUGGCCGCUUGCUUCUGCCAUCCUUUCACGCAGGAUGGCGGGAGGGGCACUCGAGUUGCGAUGGGCGCUGGGCUGCCGUGGUCCCACUUCUGGAGAGAGAUUGCAGGCAGUUCCCACCGCUGUCUGCCUCGUCUCGGGUGGGCUGGGGAGGAAAGGGGGCUCCUGGGGGUGUGGGAUAUUAAAUUAUUUUUGCUCA